UGAACACCGGAAGCUUUAUCAGCGUGUUUGAGUGGAAGCAGCGCGAAGACGAUAAUAAACACAUCAGUGGUGGAGAAGCAACAAUGUCUUCAGUUCAGGGUUUGAGAGAGUUUGUCAGUGAGCGACUAACUUCUGCUGCUGAAGAAAUAUUCAGAGUCUUUGAACAAACUGUCGUCGAGUACGAGAAAGAGAUCGUUCGUCAGCGCAGGUUGUUGGAUAUCGUUUGGAAACCUGAGAUAAAGCUUCACAGGACAAAGCUCCCGCAGCAGCAUGUAUGUAGACAGAAGAAGGAAGUUCUCACUGACCAGCAGCUCUGUGACCAGGAGACAAACGCUAGUCUGGACCAAGAGGACCCACAGACACCAACUGCUGCUGCUGAAGAAAUACCCAGAGUCACUCAGAAUAUUAUCCUUGAGUUCAAUGAAGACAUUAAUUAUCAGCGCAGACUACUGGAUCUUGUUUGGAAACCUGAGAUAAAACUAUACAGGACAGAGCUCCCACAGCAACAUAUCUGUAAGGAGGAGGAGGUUCUCAGUGACCAGGCCCAAAACUCCAGUCUGGACCAAGAGGACCCAGAGCCUCCACAGAUUAAAGAGGAGCAGGAGAGACUCUGCACCAAUCAGGAGGGAGAGCAGCUUGUACUGAAGCAGAAGAACGAUGCCGUUAUGUUUACUCCUACUAAUGAGGAGAUCGACCACAGUGGACAAGAACCAAAGAGUGACCAGCUCCUCUCUCACUACUCUCCUGUAGCUGAGAGCCAAGAUCAGAGAGGAAGCAAUGAUGUGGACCCGGGAUCAACUAGAGAUGAAGAGUCAAAGAGUAAGAAGAGAAAGAAGACGCGUCACAAUAACACAAGUCACAGUGACUAUGUAGACAAAUCUUUCCCAACAAAGAGACACCGUAACACUUACACAGGUAAAAAGUGUUCAACAUGUGACAUUUGUGGGAAAAGUUUUAGAUUUAAAUCUAUAUUGGUUGUACAUAUGAGAAUCCACACAAGUGAGAAGCCAUAUCCUUGCAAAACAUGUGGCAAAGGUUUCAGACAUCAUUACAACCUGAAAUAUCACAUGAUGUCACACACAAGUGAGAAGCCAUAUCCUUGCAAUAAUUGUGGGAAAUCUUUUAAAACAAGAUGUAUCUUAAAAGUCCACAUGAGGAUUCACACUGGUGAGAAGCCAUAUUCUUGCAAAACAUGUGGGAAAGGUUUCAAACAGAUUGGUGGGCUGAACUCUCACAGUGUCCACUCAGAUGAGAGGUUGUAUUCCUGUGAAACAUGUGGGAAAAGGUUCAAGACUAAAACAGUCAUACUGGACCACAUGAGAAUCCACACAGGUAAGAAGCCAUAUUCUUGCAAAACAUGUGGCAAAUGUUUCGGACGUCAGAAUUACCUGAAAUAUCACAUGAUGUCACACACAGGUGAGAAGCCAUAUCCUUGCAAUAAUUGUGGGAAAGCUUUUAAAACAAGUCAUGUCUUAAAGGUCCACAUGAGGAAUCACACGGGUGAGAAGCCGUAUUUGUGCAAAACAUGUGGGAAAAGCUUCAAGACUAAAAGCACCAUGCUGUACCACAUGAGGAAUCACACGGGUGAGAAGCCCUAUUUGUGCAAAACAUGUGGGAAAAGCUUCAAGACUAAAAGCACCAUGCUGUACCACAUGAGGAAUCACACGGGUGAGAAGCCGUAUUUGUGCAAAACAUGUGGGAAAAGCUUCAAGACUAAAAGCACCAUGCUGUACCACAUGAGGAAUCACACGGGUGAGAAGCCCUAUUUGUGCAAAACAUGUGGGAAAAGCUUCAAGACUAAAAGCACCAUGCUGGACCACAUGAGAAUCCACACAGGUGAGAAGCCAUAUUCUUGCAAAACAUGUGGCAAAUGUUUCGGACGUCAGAAUUACCUGAAAUAUCACAUGAUGUCACACACAGGUGAGAAGCCAUAUCCUUGCAAUAAUUGUGGGAAAGCUUUUAAAACAAGUCAUGUCUUAAAGGUCCACAUGAGGAAUCACACGGGUGAGAAGCCGUAUUUGUGCAAAACAUGUGGGAAAAGCUUCAAGACUAAAAGCACCAUGCUGUACCACAUGAGGAAUCACACGGGUGAGAAGCCGUAUUUGUGCAAAACAUGUGGGAAAAGCUUCAAGACUAAAAGCACCAUGCUGGACCACAUGAGAAUCCACACGGGUGAGAAGCCAUAUUCUUGCAAAACAUGUGGCAAAAGUUUUUCUCAGUUAUCAUCAUUACAUAGGCAUAUUAGGAUUCAUACAGUUUAACAUUUGUAACUCACUUUCUGAGAGCGACUGUAGGAUUGUAAUUUGCAACAAAUGCAAAGGUUUCGAGAGGGGAGGAAAUUUAACACUACCAAUCUCAUAAGUCACCUUAAAGUCCGUCAUCGCGAUGAAGAUGUAUUGCGAAAAUAUGAGGCGCUUGCAGCCAGAGAUGCUAUGGGGAAAAAAAGGCCAAAGCAAUUGUUAGUAUCGCAGUGCUGCGAGGGGACUGACCAGACUGACGCUACAUCAUGGAGCCCCACAUUGGGCGCCACUGGGGCAAUAGACCCUGCCUCCAGGAGAGAAGAGAUCAGAGCGUCCUGGUUUAAAAAAGUGUAUGGUCCACAAUGUUCUCUGCUUCAAUAUGGUCUAGAUGUGAAUUUUUUUUUUUUUUUCUUUUUUCACAAAU